AUGUUGAACGCUUCCUUGUUGAUUGCCGCGGGUCUGUUUGGUCUUUCUUCUAGCUCCCCAGUAGCAGCCGGGGAGCUGCAGGCUACCAACCAAACAACGAACGAUUUGCAGAGCUCAGAUCAACAAGCAAACAACCUGCCGACCGUCAACCUUGGGUACUCGACGUACCGCGCGACCGCCCUGAAUGCGACGGGAGCAUAUUACAACUUCUCCAACAUACGAUACGCUGCACCUCCACUUGGCGAUCUUCGAUGGGCAGCUCCCAAGCCUCCAGUCGAUGCUGCUGGCGUCCAGGAUGGGUCGGUCGGCUACAUUUGUUCACAAUCCAUUCCUACCUGGUUUGGUGCAGCCAUCGGUGGUCUUGGACCAUUGUUGCAAUCUUUCCCCGCCGACUCUUCAAGCCAGCAGCAAAGCGAGGAUUGUCUCUUUCUAGAUGUUAUGGCCCCAACUCAAGUUUUCAAGAGCGCUGGAUCCAAGACUCCGAAGCUGGUGCCAGUCAUGUUCAAUAUCCAUGGAGGAGGCUACUUUCUGGGCGACAAAAGAACCAAUUACGAUCCUCAGGGUCUACUGCGACAAGCGCAGGGCGGAAUGAUCUACGUCUCUCCAAACUAUCGCCUUGGUGCUUUUGGCUUCUUGAGUGGUUUGCAGCCUUCGGCCGCAAACACUACCACACCGAAUGCAGGCCUUCUGGAUCAGCGCAUGGCCCUGAAGUGGGUCAAAAAGUACAUCCAUCUAUUCGGUGGAGACCCAUCAAAGGUGACAGUCAUCGGCCAGUCCGCAGGGGGCGGGUCAGUAGAGUAUCACACGACUGCCUAUGGUGGAUCGAGGCCGGACGAGAAUAGUCUCAUAGCUGGCGCAAUCUCUCAAAGUCCCGCGCCAUUAAUCACUGAUCAGCAAUGGCGAGUGUUGGGGGCAAAUUCGUUUUUACAAGCUGCUGGAGCUACUUCGGUCGACCAAUUGAGGAAAUUGCCCAGUGCCACAUUACAGCAGGCGAACCAGAAAUCGCAGGCUCUCACGCCACAAUCAGUCGCGUUCUUUGUGCCUGUCAUAGACAAAGACUUUAUUCCAGACCAUCCCAGUAAUUUGUAUCGACAAGGCAAAUUCAACAAAAACAUAAAGGUCAUGGCAUCACAUCAAGCGGACGAGGGACGUCUAUUCUCAAAUUCAAGCGUACAGACUGACGCCGAAUACGAUGACUGGGUCCGAACCAACUACCCAUCGUCCGGUCAGGCCACAUGGUCCUACAUCUCGCAGAAGCUAUACCCACCGACAUAUGAUGGCUCGCAAGGCUAUCGUACGCCCCAGGAACGGUUGCAGGUCACAACACAAGACCUCAUCAUCGCCUGCAACACCGUCGCAAUCAACCAGGCGUACGGCAACAAGGCGAACAGCUACAAUUUCGCCAUUCCGCCAGCCAUCCACUCACAGGAUCUCCUGUACACAUACAAUCGUUUCGCGAAUGUUCCUGCUGCGGGCGAUCCUGCUCAGAACCUGCAAACAUCCAUUACGAUGCAGAAGGCCUUUACACGAUUCACCAUCACAGGCAGCCCGAAUGUCCCUGGCAGUCCCCAAUUCCCCCCAUACGGCGCCAACAGUCAAAUCCUGAACUUGGCCCCUACAGGUCCAGUGGUGAUCAAAGAGCCUUCGGACAAUGCCCGCUGCCAAUGGGUGAACAGGAAUCUCUACUCGGCGUCAGCAACCACAGGCCCGAGAUCAGUAGAAGCUGUUGCAGUGUCCUGA